AGAUUGUCCCGCGGCGACCCCUUUCGACCGAAAUAAGUUAAAACCAAUCCUGGAAAAUUUACGAACAGAGUGGCCAGAUUUCCUUUCUGCGAAGGACCCGGAUGCAUUCUGGGAACAUGAGUGGUACAAACACGGGAGAUGUGCCGUCGAGGACGAAUUGAUCAAGGAUGAGCUCGGCUAUUUCAACACCUCCCUAAAUUUGCAUUGGAAACUUCCCAUUAUGAAAUUACUCGCCGAAUCUGGGAUCCAUCCAAGUGACUCGGAACCUCUGGAAGGAGAAGCUGCCAAACUUUUGGAAGUCCGCAUCUGUUUCAACCCCAAACUGGAGAUGAUCAGCUGUUACCAGCAAGGCAUGAACGAAGGUGAAAUCGAUAUCAAUGCUGGCCGGAAAAUAGAAGGCUCCAUGCCAUGUCCUGACAAGCUCAUCCUACCACAACACCCAGAAAGCUGAGGGGAAUGAAACUCUUAUUCUAUCCAAUGAAUUUGCUCUUGCAUUUUUUGGGAACCCACCUAAUUUUGAUCAAACGCAAUUCCGUUAGCUAAUUUUCAUUCCGGUCUUUGAUGUCAGAUAUUUUAUCUCGUUGCGCUUUUUCUGGUUUUCAGAAACCACUUUGACCUGUUGAAUAACGUUCAGGGUUGUGUUCAAUUGGUGGUUUCCCUUAAAAUGUUCUGUCUUGUUUGAUUUUGAUAUUGAAAUCUGAUGAAUUCAUCAAAAAUGUUAGGUGGUA